CUGUGAUAAUCCGGAUUUUUCGAAAUAUUUUAUUUUAUGAUUUUCUAAAAGAUGAGGAAUAAAAUUUUUAUAUUUUAUUCCCAGUCCAGUGAAAUAUCGAGAAUUUUAUUAUUUGAAAUAUUAUGUGGAUAGUAUUUUCAGGUGUAGCUUGAAAAGUUUUUUUUUGCAAUUAUAUGAUUUAAGUGUGGUACAUGUUAAAUGUGCUUCUUAUUUGGUUAUUUUGUUUGUGUGAGCAAUUAGUUCAGAAUUUUGAAUUAUUGUAUCCUUUUUAAUAAAUCAAAUUUAUCCUUUGAUUUUGAAAUCAAAGCUUGUUUUAUUUGAGCCUAAUGAUUUAAUCCGAUUUAAAUUACUAAAAUAUACAAACAUUAGUAUUUCUAUAUUUCUGUCGGAUUCAGAAAUAUUUGAAAGUUGCAGAUAAUUGUAUUAAUUAUUUGUUAAUUAACAAUGAUUUUGAGCAUUAUUUGUAAAAGUAGAGAAAGGUUGUAAAAAUAUUAUAUUUGCAAUUAUUCUGUAUUCGGGAUAAUUAAAAUUUUUAUAAACUUUUAUGUUUAAAUUUGGAAGAUAUUUUUAGCCCCAAAUUGUUAAAAUAGCUUAUUUAUUGAAUUGUGGGUGUGAAUUUUGUUAAAAUAUAAAUAGUUCUAUUUAGAAAACAAAUAGAGGAUAUACACACAGCAAUUGAAAUUGGGGGAGCAACAGAGUUUGGGAAUUAGGGAUUGGGGUGCAGAGAUGGUUACGCGCGCGAAAACAAGGGUGGUGUGGUUGAAUCGGUCAUGGCGGUGAUUUGUUUCGCCGCUGAUAGAGGUGAGCGGAGGGAGCUGUUGCGUAGGGUGAGCUUGGGGUGUAUAGAGGGGAAUAGAUGGAGCUACUACAGAGGGCUGCGGAAGAUUGUGUGCGUGUGUCCUGUUGUGUGGGUGGUGUGUAUAACUGCCCUGUACAGGUGUACUAGUUUAUGUGUGUAAAUAGUUACUUUGUGUGUAAACAAAGCAGGGGGUUGGGAGAGGCUGCUGGUACGUGGCUGUGAUGUUUGUACAGGUGUGUAUAACAGCCUAAAGGUAUGUGUUGUCGCUUCUGUGUGUGUUCUAGUAGGUUGUGUGAUUUAUGUGGGUGUAAAUACCGUGUUGGUUUGUCGGAGGUGUUAGCAGGGCAGGUGCGGGUGUUAAUUGAAAUUGAAUAAGAAGGCUGAUCUAAGGCUAUUGAUUAGGCAGUCUAUGGGACUGGUGUGAUGGAAACUGAUGGAAGGAGGGUUGGAUGGAGAAGAGAGUGUAUGAGAUUGAAAAUAUGGGUACGAGUAUGCUGAUAAUGUUUUUGGGGUGGUAUUUUAAGAGUUUAAGUAGUGAAUUAAAGAUUUAGAAUUAUUCAUACUUGACUUAGAAAGUUUUGGCCGUCGCUGGUCUAUUUUGCAGUAUAAUUCUGGGUUAAUUGAGUUCAGUUAUGUGCUUAAUCUUUAUGUAAUAAUGUGCUACUUGAAGUCUAGAUCAAGUACGAAAAAGAAUUUCGAAAUUUCAUUAAACGAGCUAAAAGAGAUGUAUGUUUUAGUGCGAGGUGCGCAGAAAAUUCUGGGCAGGUUUGUCCUGUUCCAGGCCCUGUUUUGCUACCUUUAACUUGGUAUUUACUUAUGAAAAUUUUAAUGGAGUUUGAUAUUGGAGUCUGGAAUGUGCUGUUAAAAUUUUAUACAAUCAGACCAAUUUUUCUAUUUAUUAAAAAAUCUUAGCGUCGGGCUGGUUUUUCAAGACAGUUUCUGGUGCCUAAUUGACAUGCCUGUUUUACUGCUUUAAGCUUGGAGUUUCUUUCUGAAAAUUUUACUGUAGGUUGGAAUAAUGUGUAGGAGUGUCUCAUAAAAAUUUCGUAUUAUAUCGAUAAAUUUUCAAUUUAUUAAAAAUCAUAGAGUAAGGGCUAUUUAAACUAUUUGCUCUAGUUUUCUUUCUUUGUUGGUGCAUAAUAUGAAGUUAUACUUGAUUAAUUGCAUACGAUUGAUUAUUAAUUGAUUGGCUCAGUUGGCCUUGUAUAUCUUAUUAAAUGUAUUUUGUGUAUAGUGAACAAGCAAUCGUGCGGAAAGAUUUUCUUAUGUGUUUACUGCAAGUCAAGACAUCUUUUUAUAUUAUAAUUCAUGUGUUGGAAAUAGUAUUGGCUGGUUGUUGGUAUUGAAAACAGGUGGAUAAGCCUAUAAACAGAGGAGAUGUUGCCGAAUUUUUAUUAGAAAUUAAGGUGUUUAUUUAUUACUAAAUAAUUGAUACUUGAUGGCAGUAUAUUCUAUUUGAACUGGAAUAUCUAUCGAUUGUUUAUUGAUUAUGUGAUUAUGUGUUGACUGAUCCAAUGUGUAUAUAUUGCUAUGUGGAUAUCUGUAUAUAUUCAUGUUUAUUAUAUAUGGAUAUGCGAAGGGUAGAUGUUCGUGAUUCUUAUAAUAUUUAGAAUCAGCUAGUUCUUCUAAUCCGAAGACUUAGAUAUUAUCCUACUAUCGUGUAGAAUAAUCAAGACGUGUGUAUCGAGAAUGUUCAUUAUUAAUUUGAUGGUGUUGCAACUUGAAGCAAGAAAUAUCUGAGAAGACAAGACGUAGAAAGAAUAUUGUCGGAAGCUACUUAGAAAGAUAUGGUUGUGCAAUGUAGUGCUAUUAGAAUCGUGGCUAGACAUCGGAGUUGAGGCAAGUAAUUCUAACUUUCUCUUGCAAUUAGAGCUAAGGAUUAAGGUGGUCACCUGGGUAAGCUGCGCGUAAGAGUAAUGCUAGGCGAGACUGCUAGGGAGGUGGCUGCGAGACUAGUAUGGUUAGAGUUGAAUUAUUUCAAUUCAGUUGUAGAUGGUUUUUAUUUAUUGGUUAUCAGUUAUCCUUCUUACCGAAGUUUAGCUGAUAACGUAGUUUAAGUUGUAAAAAGAUUUUAUAGUUUGGGUUCUGGUUUCAAUGCUGUAACCUAUUUGCGAUCCUGUUGUUAGGGGGUCAAAGUGAUUUUGAUUUAAAUCUCUUUUAAAAAUCCAGAUUUUGAAAUAUAUGUUUUACCUUCUUCCGGAAAUACAGGUUUAAAUUGAUUUUUGUCCACGUGGCACCAGAUCCAGACCCCUGGAUCUGAGGGAUGUCACAGUUGGUAUCAGAGCUGUAGGUUAUAAGUUAUUGAAAUCAGAAUAUAGAUUGUAAUAGAAAUGUGUUUAAUGGAACCUCAUAUAGAGGCAAGUUGAGACUAUUGGAUAUAGUAUUUGUCUAUGGAACUGAGAUGGAGUUAGAAUAUUGAUUCUGAGUAAUCAUUUGGUAUAUCAUAGUUCCUAACUCUAGAACUAAUGAGUUGGAUAUCGGGAGAGACAUGAUAGCAUACCUUUAGCUUCCAAUCUUCUAGAGCUUGAGGAUGACUUUCUGAGUAAUCAGUGUCCGCUAGACUUGUGGAUUGACAUGUCUAACCUAGAAUGUUCCUUAUCAUCUCUACCAUUCCUAGAGGGUUGGAUAGAGGGUUAUCUAUUGUUUCUUAUAGAGACAUAUGGAUUUGGUAGAUGAGUAUGAGAUUGGUGAUGAGAAGUCAGGAGUGUAGUUCUCAAAUUGAGAAUUUAUGUAGAAUCCAUGUUAGAUUAUUUGAUAUAGUACCUAUAAGUAGGUUUGAGCGUCAACGCUCUACAAGGCCGAUUGUAUAAAGCUGGACAUGACUUCUGACAACACCAAGCUCGAUAGGACCUACUAACAUGGAUAUCGGUGACGGAAUCUAUAGAGACUAUUAUAAGUCAACGAUAAUAUAUGCAAGCGAUCACCAAGAGUGCUGAAAAGAAUUCUUGGAAUCAAGAUAAGCCAUCAGAGGAAUCAAGUAAGAAGACACUUGUGAGAAUCUUGGCAAUACCUUCUUCAAUUGACUGAUUAAAUUGAUUAUUUCUCUAUCAGUGAUUGUUUUAACAUCUCUUUCAGCGAGACGUUCAUUAAAGAGAAUAUUUCUCUUUAAGAGUAUAUUUUUCACUCUUGAAAUUAUAGAAUGAUGCCAGUGCUUGUGGUAUCAUUUCUGAUCACUUUUCUUUCGAAUUCAGCACAUUUGGAAUCUAUUCCCUAUUUGAACCCCAGGUGCGCAUGAAACUUUUCUCCAAUUAAAGGCAACCAUUGUUAAGUUAAUUAUGAACCCUUUUAUAUUUUUCUACUCUAACUGAGAUGAACAACUCUAAUUAUAGGGGACACAAUGACUCCCUGUCCUCAUUUAGAUACGCAACAUUCUAUCAGGAGGAAACGGUACUAAAGAAUAAAGAAAUAUUACGUUUUAGUCUUCUCUCCGUUGAUUCCGAGGACGGAAUCCUUUUAAGGGGGGUAGAUUGUGAUAAUCCGGAUUUUUCGAAAUAUUUUAUUUUAUGAUUUUCUAAAAGAUGAGGAAUAAAAUUUUUAUAUUUUAUUCCCAGUCCAGUGAAAUAUCGAGAAUUUUAUUAUUUGAAAUAUUAUGUGGAUAGUAUUUUCAGGUGUAGCUUGAAAAGUUUUUUUUUGCAAUUAUAUGAUUUAAGUGUGGUACAUGUUAAAUGUGCUUCUUAUUUGGUUAUUUUGUUUGUGUGAGCAAUUAGUUCAGAAUUUUGAAUUAUUGUAUCCUUUUUAAUAAAUCAAAUUUAUCCUUUGAUUUUGAAAUCAAAGCUUGUUUUAUUUGAGCCUAAUGAUUUAAUCCGAUUUAAAUUACUAAAAUAUACAAACAUUAGUAUUUCUAUAUUUCUGUCGGAUUCAGAAAUAUUUGAAAGUUGCAGAUAAUUGUAUUAAUUAUUUGUUAAUUAACAAUGAUUUUGAGCAUUAUUUGUAAAAGUAGAAAAAGGUUGUAAAAAUAUUAUAUUUGCAAUUAUUCUGUAUUCGGGAUAAUUAAAAUUUUUAUAAACUUUUAUGUUUAAAUUUGGAAGAUAUUUUUAGCCCCAAAUUGUUAAAAUAGCUUAUUUAUUGAAUUGUGGGUGUGAAUUUUGUUAAAAUAUAAAUAGUUCUAUUUAGAAAACAAAUAGAGGAUAUACACACAGCAAUUGAAAUUGGGGGAGCAACAGAGUUUGGGAAUUAGGGAUUGGGGUGCAGAGAUGGUUACGCGCGCGAAAACAAGGGUGGUGUGGUUGAAUCGGUGAUGGCGGUGAUUUGUUUCGCCGCUGAUAGAGGUGAGCGGAGGGAGCUGUUGCGUAGGGUGAGCUUGGGGUGUAUAGAGGGGAAUAGAUGGAGCUACUACAGAGGGCUGCGGAAGAUUGUGUGCGUGUGUCCUGUUGUGUGGGUGGUGUGUAUAACUGCCCUGUACAGGUGUACUAGUUUAUGUGUGUAAAUAGUUACUUUGUGUGUAAACAAAGCAGGGGGUUGGGAGAGGCUGCUGGUACGUGGCUGUGAUGUUUGUACAGGUGUGUAUAACAGCCUAAAGGUAUGUGUUGUCGCUUCUGUGUGUGUUCUAGUAGGUUGUGUGAUUUAUGUGGGUGUAAAUACCGUGUUGGUUUGUCGGAGGUGUUAGCAGGGCAGGUGCGGGUGUUAAUUGAAAUUGAAUAAGAAGGCUGAUCUAAGGCUAUUGAUUAGGCAGUCUAUGGGACUGGUGUGAUGGAAACUGAUGGAAGGAGGGUUGGAUGGAGAAGAGAGUGUAUGAGAUUGAAAAUAUGGGUACGAGUAUGCUGAUAAUGUUUUUGGGGUGGUAUUUUAAGAGUUUAAGUAGUGAAUUAAAGAUUUAGAAUUAUUCAUACUUGACUUAGAAAGUUUUGGCCGUCGCUGGUCUAUUUUGCAGUAUAAUUCUGGGUUAAUUGAGUUCAGUUAUGUGCUUAAUCUUUAUGUAAUAAUGUGCUACUUGAAGUCUAGAUCAAGUACGAAAAAGAAUUUCGAAAUUUCAUUAAACGAGCUAAAAGAGAUGUAUGUUUUAGUGCGAGGUGCGCAGAAAAUUCUGGGCAGGUUUGUCCUGUUCCAGGCCCUGUUUUGCUACCUUUAACUUGGUAUUUACUUAUGAAAAUUUUAAUGGAGUUUGAUAUUGGAGUCUGGAAUGUGCUGUUAAAAUUUUAUACAAUCAGACCAAUUUUUCUAUUUAUUAAAAAAUCUUAGCGUCGGGCUGGUUUUUCAAGACAGUUUCUGGUGCCUAAUUGACAUGCCUGUUUUACUGCUUUAAGCUUGGAGUUUCUUUCUGAAAAUUUUACUGUAGGUUGGAAUAAUGUGUAGGAGUGUCUCAUAAAAAUUUCGUAUUAUAUCGAUAAAUUUUCAAUUUAUUAAAAAUCAUAGAGUAAGGGCUAUUUAAACUAUUUGCUCUAGUUUUCUUUCUUUGUUGGUGCAUAAUAUGAAGUUAUACUUGAUUAAUUGCAUACGAUUGAUUAUUAAUUGAUUGGCUCAGUUGGCCUUGUAUAUCUUAUUAAAUGUAUUUUGUGUAUAGUGAACAAGCAAUCGUGCGGAAAGAUUUUCUUAUGUGUUUACUGCAAGUCAAGACAUCUUUUUAUAUUAUAAUUCAUGUGUUGGAAAUAGUAUUGGCUGGUUGUUGGUAUUGAAAACAGGUGGAUAAGCCUAUAAACAGAGGAGAUGUUGCCGAAUUUUUAUUAGAAAUUAAGGUGUUUAUUUAUUACUAAAUAAUUGAUACUUGAUGGCAGUAUAUUCUAUUUGAACUGGAAUAUCUAUCGAUUGUUUAUUGAUUAUGUGAUUAUGUGUUGACUGAUCCAAUGUGUAUAUAUUGCUAUGUGGAUAUCUGUAUAUAUUCAUGUUUAUUAUAUAUGGAUAUGCGAAGGGUAGAUGUUCGUGAUUCUUAUAAUAUUUAGAAUCAGCUAGUUCUUCUAAUCCGAAGACUUAGAUAUUAUCCUACUAUCGUGUAGAAUAAUCAAGACGUGUGUAUCGAAAAUGUUCAUUAUUAAUUUGAUGGUGUUGCAACUUGAAGCAAGAAAUAUCUGAGAAGACAAGACGUAGAAAGAAUAUUGUCGGAAGCUACUUAGAAAGAUAUGGUUGUGCAAUGUAGUGCUAUUAGAAUCGUGGCUAGACAUCGGAGUUGAGGCAAGUAAUUCUAACUUUCUCUUGCAAUUAGAGCUAAGGAUUAAGGUGGUCACCUGGGUAAGCUGCGCGUAAGAGUAAUGCUAGGCGAGACUGCUAGGGAGGUGGCUGCGAGACUAGUAUGGUUAGAGUUGAAUUAUUUCAAUUCAGUUGUAGAUGGUUUUUAUUUAUUGGUUAUCAGUUAUCCUUCUUACCGAAGUUUAGCUGAUAACGUAGUUUAAGUUGUAAAAAGAUUUUAUAGUUUGGGUUCUGGUUUCAAUGCUGUAACCUAUUUGCGAUCCUGUUGUUAGGGGGUCAAAGUGAUUUUGAUUUAAAUCUCUUUUAAAAAUCCAGAUUUUGAAAUAUAUGUUUUACCUUCUUCCGGAAAUACAGGUUUAAAUUGAUUUUUGUCCACGUGGCACCAGAUCCAGACCCCCGGAUCUGAGGGAUGUCACAGUUACCAACUGUUAUUUUAAAAAUAUCUGAUUUUUCAAAAUUAUCGAUUUUAUCUACUAAUUUGACUAAAAUUUCUAGUCUAUUUAAAAAAAUUCUGAUAAAUUCUGAAUCAACACUAGUUUCAUUUUUAAUUUCUACGAUCACGGCUAUUAAUAAAAAUUUAAUUUUACAAAAAUUAAAAUACUUCUAAAAUUUUCAAUCUUUUAUUCAACUUUUAAUUUUCUAUAAUUUGGUUAAAAUACAAACUUGAUUUCAAACUGGACCGGAUUUACCAGAACAAAAAGGCAUAUUUUUCCUUUACCUAAACACUUUCUUUGUUAGUACUUGGGCCUCCAAGAAAGCCCAUAAUUGAACUUUCACAUUUUCAUUAGCCCAUCAGUGGCCAUUACAUAUAUUCACUGAUAUAUACAGUACAAAUAUUUUUUUAUCUUUCUAUUUUCACAAAAUCAGUACAAAUAUCUUGGUUAAAAUCUGUUUCGCUUGAGGAUAAGCUGCUGCAAUAUAUACAGCCAACUCUCUUACACAGGUCUCCAAAGCCGUGUUCCCUCAGCAGCAAUUUAUCAAACAGUGAGCUUUCUAAUCCACACAUAUUUGCUCUAUUUUGUAUGUGUUCUUGAGCAUGUUUAGUAUAAAGUGUUGAACUUUUUGGAAUAAUUUUCAUACAAUAAGGCUAGAGUGUUGAGAUUAUGGAUUUAGUUGUGCCUGUACAGCAAAACCUUGAAGGGUUUUGCUUAUUUCAGUCUGAUUGUAGAGAAAAUAGUAGAAAGAUUCAACCUUUAGGGUCUAAAGUUAGUGUAAGAGCUUGUUUUACAAUUGGUUCAGUGAGAGUGUUUGAUGAGGACAAGUCAUGUUUUCUUGUUCUUUCUGGUGAAAAGUGUAAUGGGUGGGGGAGAAAGGAGGGUUUUCGAAAGAAAAGGGGGAGUUCGGUAUGUGCUAUUCUCAAGUCUGAGAGUUUGAGCUCAAAUGGGCAUGUGUCUAAUCUUGAUUUUAAGAAUGGGGGUGGUUCGAGUUCUAAUUCGAGUCAGUAUUAUGCUUCGCGGAAUUUUGAGGAAUACGAGAGUAAUAAUAAUCUUCGGAGACUGGUUAGAAAUGGGCAGUUGGAGGAGGCGUUUAGGUUUCUAGAGAACAUGGUUUAUAGAGGUGAUAUUCCUGAUAUUGUGCAUUGUACCAGUAUGAUUCGUGGGUUUUGUCGACUUCGGAAUACUAAGAAAGCUACUAGGGUUUUGGAAAUUAUUGAGGAAUCGGGUGCUGUUCCUGAUGUUAUUACUUACAAUGUGUUGAUUAGGGGGUACUGUAAGGUGGGAGAGAUUGAUGAUGCAUUGGAGAUCUUGGAUCGGAUGAGUGUUGCUCCGGAUGUUGUUACUUAUAAUACCAUCUUGCGCAGUUUAUGUGAUAGUGGGAAAUUGAAACAGGCAAUGGAAGUUCUUCAAAGGCAGUUACAGAGGGAGUGUUAUCCUGAUGUGAUAACGUACACGAUUCUGAUUGAAGCUACUUGUAAGGAAGUUGGGGUAGGUCAAGGAAUGAAGCUGUUGGAUGAAAUGAGGAGUAAAGGCUGUAAACCGGAUGUUGUUACUUAUAAUGUCCUAAUCAAUGGUAUAUGCAAGGAAGGGCGGUUGAAUGAAGCAAUAAAAUUCUUGGACAAUAUGCCAUCACAUGGUUGCCAGCCAAACGUGAUAACAUAUAAUAUAAUUCUGCGUAGCAUGUGUAGUACUGGUAGGUGGAUGGAUGCUGAGAAACUUUUGACUGAGAUGGUUCGCAAAGGGUUUUCUCCUAGUGUUGUUACCUUCAACAUAUUGAUUAAUUUCUUAUGUAGGAAAGGAUUAUUGGGUCGAGCGAUUGAUAUAUUGGAGAGGAUGCCUCAGCAUGGAUGCACUCCUAAUUCGUUAAGUUAUAAUCCUUUGAUUCAUGGAUUCUGCCAAGAGAAGAAGAUGGACAGGGCAAUUGAAUAUUUAGAGAUUAUGGUGUCUCGAGGGUGUUACCCUGAUAUUGUGACCUAUAAUACCAUGCUAACUGCUUUAUGCAAAGAUGGAAAAGUUGAUAUCGCAGUCGAGAUACUUAAUCAGCUAAGUAGCAAAGGUUGCUCGCCAGUUUUGAUCACUUACAAUACUGUGAUCGAUGGGCUAGCAAAAAUGGGGAAAACAGAAUCUGCUAUUACCCUGUUAGAUGAAAUGCGAGAAAAGAAUCUUAAGCCUGAUAUAAUUACAUAUUCUUCACUUCUGGGAGGGCUUAGCAGAGAAGGAAAGAUUGAGGAGGCCAUUAAAUUCUUUCGUGACUUGGAAGAACUGGGAAUCAGACCUAAUGCUGUUACCUACAAUUCUAUCAUGCUUGGGCUCUGUAAGGCACGAAGAACUGAUCGUGCCAUUGACUUCCUAGUUAAUAUGGUAGCGAAAGGAUGUAAACCUACUGAAGCUACUUACACUAUUCUUGUUGAAGGUUUAGCUUUUGAAGGACUAGCCAAGGAAGCACUGGAAAUUUUAAACGAGUUGUGCUCCAUGGGAGUCGUGAGGAGAAGUUCUGCACCGCAGGUUCUAGUCAGGAUUUAGAUUUAAAUACUUUGCUUUGACCAUGUCACUUUCUCUUGGAUAUACAGCAAGCUAAUUGGUUGUGUUGCAACAGCCAAGGCAAAAAUCAAUUUUGUUAACCACCUUCUUCAGUUUUAUCUCAGGAUUUGAUAUACGUAAUUUAAUGUGUUCAUAUUUGUCAUUAUCAAUGUUAAAAGUACACUUAUAAU